AUGCUUCACGCCAGUGAACAAAGACUUGCACCAAUUGAUGUUGGACAAAAUGUUUUGAUGCCAAUUCCUUGUGUCGAUCGACCCAAGAUUGGACCACGAAAUUUGAUGGGAGUCGUCACAGCUGUAACUGAUGAUUUUUACUCGAUCGGGACACAAAAUGGGCAUCUUCGGCAAACAUUCACUAGGAAUCAACUGGCUCCAUGUGGAGCUGAAUUCUUCUCGAUCAAUUCAAUUCGGGACGGGGAGACAUCGUUGAGAACUGCUAUUAACACAACAGCACUCACGACAACUCAACAAGAAAAUUACACUUUAAAAGCAGGCUCUUGUCAUGCCGCUGAAAAGAUCGAGAACCGGAAAACUUAUGGAGGAAAUCUUUUAUGGGAGCCCUCAAUGCAGACAUUUCUCUUCUCGGCUACUUUUUACAGUGGCCUCAUCGCCGCUCCCCUCUCUGGCUAUGUGGCUGAUCGAUUUGGGGCAAAAACUUUACUAUUGGUUGCUUUGACCGAUUUCAUCCUGAUGACUUCUGUAGGCCCAUUGUUAGCAAAAAGCUCCUAUUGGGCUUUCUUCAUCUCGAGAAUUGUAAUGGGAUUUGGUGAGGGAGCCGUAUUUCCUUGUGUAAACUCAAUUGCUUCAAAAUGGUUCCCACCAAAUGAACGAUCAACUUUAGCUGCUAUUUACACAUCAGGGAUUCAACUUUCCACUGGGAUUUCUUCUAUUAUUUGUGCUUUUCUUUGUACAACCAUUUGGGGAUGGCCUUCAACUUUUUAUUCUUUUGCAAUUCUUGGCACUCUUUGCUUAAUCCUUUGCUACAUCUUUGCUAACAAUCAUCCAAAAAACAAUCGCUGGCUAGGUGAUGAAGAGAGGACUUAUCUUGAGAACUCUUUUGAAACAAAUGGAAAACAUGGGCAAUUUAAAAACGCUAAUGAAAUGCCGUGGAAAGAAAUUCUCUUCAGUCGAGAAGCCUCAGCCAUAUAUUUAGCGUCUUUUUCGUCAAAUUUCUCAUCAAUCAUCGCUUCUUCGUUUAUUCCAUUGUUUCUAAAAGAACAGUUGGGGUUGUCGAUCACGCAGAAUGGUUACUAUACCCCACUUGCUUUCGUCUCUCAACUCAUUUCAAAGAACAUUCUCGGUCCAGUCUCUGAUCACUUGAAAAGGAAAGGAAUCAUCUCAAAAACGAAAGCUGUUCGAAUAUUUCAAACUAUUAGUUGUUUUGGCUCAAGUUUAAUGAUGUUGUUGAUCUGUCUCGUGCCCACUUGUGAGACACCACAAUUGGCUAUUCCCAUACUGUUUACCUAUGGUUUUUGCUUUGCCUGCCUCGUUCCCGGCUAUUUCACAGCGAUGAUCUCAAUUGCUCCACCAUGCACGGGCACUAUUUCAGCGAUCGGAAACAUUUUUGGCAAUACUGGUUAUAUUCUUGGCCCAUUGAUACUGGCUUUCGUCAGCUAUAUGGAAUUUGAAAACAAAUGGCUGAUCGUUUUCGCAAUUCCCGCUUUGACUCAAUUCAUCUCUGGGAUUUACUUUAUGAAUUUUGGUUCAGCCGAUGUUCUUCAGUGUAUCCAGGUUCCAGAAAAGAUUCGAACAGAAAAUUAUAAACAA